GCCUUCCACUACUUUGAUAUUAAGAAACGACUUGAAGGCUUGAAGCUCAGGAUAUGAUAAGUCGGCUGAGCGAUGAAGCUCUCAUUGAUAUUCUUUCAUAUCUUUCCCUCAAAGAAGCAGUAAUGACCAGUGUCCUAUCUCGUAGAUGGAGAUACUUGUGGAGGUAUACUUACCGCAGAUGGGACUUUGAUGUUUCAAAUAACACUUCACUCUUCUUAAUGUCAUGCAACGGUAAUCCUCGACACGUAGUGAGGUCGAAAUACGUGCAAUGGGUUAGUACUGUCCUGCAAUUGCAUCUUGGUUCUCAUCUGGAUGAGCUUAGGAUCCGCUUUGACAUGGACAAUGUGAUCAGGAAUUCACCAGGACUUGUGUGGUGGCUUGUUUUUGCCUGUCUAAAAAGGGUUCAGAGGCUUGAGGUGGACUUGUCAAAUAGAUUGGGCAUCAAUACUUUGCGAGAGGACAAGGCCCUUUUCCCUUCUCCAGCUGGUCUCAGUCUCUACCGCUGCUGCAAAUUGAACCUCCCGCCAUCUCCUUUCCCAUGUCCUAUUCUGGACUUCUCUUCCCUCAUAUCUCUUUCUCUAAAUUAUGUUAACGUUUACGCAGAUACUCUUGCUCACUUGCUAUCAAACUGUCCAUUACUCCGACAUUUAAGUGUUAAAUCAUCUGAUACUAUGUAUUCUUCUAACAAGAAUCUCCCGCCAUUCAAGUCCACAUCUUUGGAGUCUCUUGAAAUUGUACAGAGCAAUUUUAUGCAAAAGGAAAUGGAGAUAUGUGCACCAAACCUUGUCUCAUUUGCUUUUGUUGGACGAAACAUUGCCAUAUCUUUUAAGAAUGCUGUUUCUUCUUCUCUCACUGAGCUCACUGUUGGCAUGGAUUAUGGUGUGUCUUUUCUACUUGACCCCUUUAAGCAGCAUUCCAUCUUUCUUUCACAAAUCGAGAAACUUAAAAUGGUGUUUAACGAUACUGCGAGGUGUUUUUUGGGUAAAACCGUGCCAAGCAAGUUUCCAAAUAUGAAUAAUUUGAAAUAUUUGGAAGUGAGAUGGGAAGCAUCUGGCAGUAGCAGUUUCCUAUUUCCCUUAACUUUGGUAAAGGCAGCUCCUUCACUGUGCACAUUAAAGAUAGAGAUGGUUCUGUCGCAGCCCUUUGCAUCUGAGGUAUGUAGAAAAUUAAACUGUAAACGGAAAGUCAGAAAACAAUUGUUGGUGUUUCAUUCAGUAACAAUGACUCUCAUGUUAUGGGACAGGCAGAGUUGGAUAGAGAGCAUCCUGUAGCAACAAGAACUCAACACAAAUGCUUAAAGAGAGUUGAGUUGGUGGGAUUUUACUCAUGUGCCGUUACUCUUUGCAUGCUUUCUCGCUUGAUUAACAUUGCUGGUGUGUCACUGGAGAAGGUGAUGAUCAAAUUUGAUGCGGAGAAUCGUUCGUUCUUUGCGCUUCAGCGGCUUAAAGCCGUCACGGACAACCUCUCUUCAACGGUUGAGUUAAUGGUUUCAUAGAUAUGCUUCAAUGGAACUCGCCCAACACACUACUUUCUUACAGAAUCAACAUAACAAUUCAACCAAGCAGUCAUUUUAAUCUUUGCCGGCUCUGUUUCUUUUGAGCAAGUGGGGUUGCCAAGUCCCUUGUUUCAAAAUACGGAGUAUAAGAAGUGUUUUGGAUUAGGAAACAUUAUUACAAUUAGAAGUUAACUAGUAUUCCGACUGUGCGUUGCAGAGGUUGUAUUAUGCAUAUAUUAUAAAUGUUACUCCGUAACAUAUAAAAUCAAUUAUAAAUUAUAUUAGUAU